AUGGUGACCAACCGCACCGCUUCCUCUUCGGCUGCUACUUCUCAGUCACACGACCCAUCUACGCCAUCCUCGUCAGCAGGCGCAAGUGGCGCGUCGUCCUCAGCAGCAUGGAUGCGACCGAUACCGCCUGGUGUCGAACCGGCGUACGACGAGGCGCUCGCUUACCUCUCGCAGUACCAGCGUGAAAAGCGAGGACAGGUGGAAGGUCUCAAGAAGGAAGCAGUUUCUAGUAGGGGUAGCCCUGAAGCAGUGAAUAACCUUCAGAUGCAAAUCGAGGAGCUCGAGAUUGUUGCAGAACUUGACGAUCCACAAGUCAGGUGGGACUUCGAAAAUGGCAAGAUUGACAUGUCUCGUCCGGUCCACCGCUAUUUGCGCGAACAGGCAUGGCGCCGAGCCGGCCCUCUCAGAAAACUGACCGAGCGUUGCAAGCUCAUGCGCGUCGUGCCGGACGUCGUGCCAUAUGUCACCCCUUCGGCGGAUUUGCAAGUCUUCUUUGGCGAGGGCGCAGGAUAUGGCGACCAUGGUGGAAACGGUGGAGAGGUGCUAGCUGGCGUCUUUCUUGAUGCAGAUGUGACGCUGGAGAAACCUCGACUGGAAGCGACAGCAUUCCACACCGAUGAGCGACUCUACACUAUCCUAAUGGUCGAUCCGGAUUCCCCUGACGAAUUUGAAGCGACUUUUCAGCCAUACGCGCACUGGCUGCUCGAAGACGUUCCAUUGAGUGCGACGCGCUCGUCGAUCGAUUACAACACGAGUGUGCGCGAGAUCUUGCCGUAUGUUCCUCCUCAUCCUCAACGUGGAACGCCGUACCAUCGCUACGUCACGCUCCUACUCACCGAGGCGCCGGAGGCGAACAGCUCAAAUUCAGACGCAGCCCCAGCCCCCUCUACGCCUGUCUCUGAAGUCGCUCGACAUGGCUUCAGCGUCAGCGAAUAUAUGGCUCGUCGGAACCUCCAUGUCGCCGGAAUUCACUUCUGGCGCGAGGAAUGGAAGCAAGGCCGUACAAGUGCAGCGGUGAAGAAGGUAUACUCUGAAAUCCUGAAACAACCCGAACCAACCUAUGCCAAGCCGCUGAAGCCCGAUCCUUACAAGGAUGAGGUCGCAGGAGAUGCGUCAAGCCGGUACUUUUCAUCGCAGUAG